UUCCUCUUCUCCCCACCUUACUCUUCAUCCUACUCUUCAUUUCUUUUUUUUCUUUUCUUUCAUUCUUUAUCAUAACGCUCUCGCUUGCAAGUGCUUAACGAUCCCCUUCCUGCCCAACACCACACUCCCCAUUGAUUUGUUUCCUCAUCCUAUCACUUAUUCAUCCGUCCUUCUUCAUCUCCAAUCCUUCUGUCGAUCUACUAAUAAUUUUUUUUUCCUCCACACUUUUUUGCUUAAAGUCAAUGUCGAUGUCAAACACUAUCAGAAUUAUGCUAAUCCUUGCCGGUAUAAUUGCAUGUUUCCAACCACUGGCACUGGUCCUGGCUCAAACUCAGUCAGCAGUUCCGACUAGGGGUGCUCCUCUACCACCCUCAAAUCAGAACACACCAGGAUUGGCUGUCGUCCCGUCUAACGGAAUGGCCAUUUAUCAAGAGUCAAUCGUGUAUAUUUCGGCUGUGAUUGGGGGAAGGCCUAUCAGCUCUGCCUAUAUCUCGAUUUCUAAGGCAGAGAGUUCCUCCAAUACCACCAUUGCCGAUAUUAAAGGUCUAUCUAUAAGACGCUUGGUUCAAUCCUGGAAUGUCACCGCUGCUGACUAUCCUAUUGGUGAUUACUACCUACAAUUGAUUGUUACACCUAAUACAACCAGCAUUAUUCCCCCUCUAGUGGUGUCGACAACAGGAACACCCGUCCCGACCUCAACUGCGCGUCCGGCUCUUCCUACGACUCUACCGAGCAUUUAUUACUGGCGGGCUUGGUUAAAGGGAUCAUCCAGCUCUGCUGCAGCUCUUGUGACCUUUGGUAGCAGCACCGGCGCUGGCGCUGGCGUUAUAGGAUCUUUGAAUAUGCGUGCUGGAUUAAUGGCUAUCCUUCAAAAGAUGAGCAUUGCCUUAGGAGCGCUAGCACUCGGAUGUAUCAUCACUCUUUGAUUUUCUUUGGUGACCAAGAACAGAA